AUGGCUAACGAAUAUGGGCCUCUGUCCAUUAUCAUCUCUGCCACGUCAGCCGUCGCAUCCGCCACGUCACCUCUCCGCCAGUUCAUCUGGUCGGCUGUGCGCCUUCAGCUUUUCCUCGCCUCCACCUGCCUUUCCGCCAUCUGCGCGCUUCCACUGCUACCCUUCCGCCUGCUCUCCGCCGCCCUUCGCGAGAACAAGAUGCGCGCAAGCCUAGCGGAGGCGCAGCAGCAGGGCGGGUACUGGCGCGAGGCGGCGGCGGCGCUGCAGCAGCGCGCGAAGCGGGAGGAGGCGGCGAGGGAGGCGAGCGAGGCGGCGGCGCGCGAGGCGGCGACGCGGCUGAGGAAGGCGCUAUCGCAGCGCGCGCAGCUUAAGGAGUGCCUCCAGCGCGCCGUGCGCGAGCUGGGCGAGGAGGCGGCGGCGCGGCAGGAGGCAGAGAGGGCGCUGGCGAGGGAGCGCCACCGCGGUGCGCGCCUGCAUGCCGACCUGCACGCCUCGAAAUCGCGCUGCUCUCAGCUCCAGGCUGACCUGGCGGCUGCCAGCCUGGCACUCGGGCGGCUGAGGGAAGAGCUGGCGGCGGCGACUCAGCGGCUGACGGCGUGCCAGGUGGCAGCGGAGGAGGCAGCAGCAAUGGAGGAGAGGCGAGGGGGGUUGAGUGGGGGGGAGGCGGUGUGGGGUGGCGGGGGGGGCGAUGAGCAGGAUGCGAGCAGGGGCAGGGAGGGGAGAGGGCAGAGGGGAAGGCGUGGGCGUGGGGGUCAAGUGGGGGGGACGACGAGGGUGUUUCAGGGGCGGGGAGAGGUGUGGCAGGGUGAGGAGGAGGGUGAGGGGAGUGAGGGAACUACGUCUGCAUGCACCACCACCUCCUCCGGUUCACACGCCCCCACUGCCACGCCACCCCCCUCACAUCGCUCCUCCUCGCCUGCUCUCCCCCCAUCACAACACCCCCAGCCCCACACGCUGGCCCUCGCCAAGGAGCCCCUGUUGUGGCGGGCAGCCCUCAAGUCCACUGCGGCUGCACUGCUGCUCGCCACGCUGCUGGCGCUGCUCGCCUGCAUGCAGCCGCAUUGCUGCCCGCCCGCCCUCCUCACGCUGCUCGCCCUCACUGCCCUCGCUGCGCUGCUCUCCGCACUCGCCCUCGCCCUCGCCAUGCCCUCCCGCCGCCCCUCUGCCUCGCCCGCUCUCUCCCCCGCCUCCUACCGCGCUCGCAUGGUGGCAGAAGCAGCGGUGGCAGCGGUGCCGCUCCUCUGCGCCUGCUGGUUCGCCCUCGGCCUCCUCCUGCACUCCAUGCCCCCCUGGCCUGCCGUCUCAAAGGCACUCUACUCGCAUGCCCCCGCCUCGCUGGAACGUGCAGUCUCAAGUUUCUGGUUUUCUCCCUGCAGUGCUGCUCGCCCAUAA